GCGGCCUGUUUCCGGUCGGCGUGUCUCAGUCUGCGUGGCGUGCGGAGGAGAUCGUGGACUUGUAGUUGAUUUUAUUUUCUCCACCCUCCAGCAUGCCCAUGUACCAGGUAAAACCCGUGUGUGCUGCUGAAAUAAAGAUCGAUUUACCUUCCUGCAUGUACAAGUUACCAAAUGUCCACACGCAGCAGCAGCAGCAGCAGCAGCAAGGGAACAACUCUCAGAACGCACUGCUUCAGAAUGGGGAGGUGGACCCAGCUGUGCAAGCUCUCGAGGCCCGCCAGGAUGAGAUCAUGCGAAAACUGUAUGAGCUGAAAGCGGCCGUGGAUGGUCUGGCCAAGACGGUGACCACACCUGAUGCCGAUCUGGACCUGACAGUCAGCAGCAGCCUCUCAUCCCAAAUCUGCAGCUCCACGAACGUCAAAAGCACAGCUGACCUGGACACACUGCUGGGCAAGGACCUCGGUGCCCUCCGUGACAUCGUUAUUAACGCUAACCCGGCACAGCCACCCCUCACCCUGCUUGUGCUCCACGGCCUGCUGUGUCAGCACUAUCGGGUGCUUUCCACAGUCCAUGUCCACUCCUCAGUAUCCAGUCUGCCACCACAGCUCCUGUCCUGCCUCGGCCCACGCCACCCAGACAGCUACAACCGCCAACUCUUCCAGCUGGGCUUCACGCUCAUAUGGAAAGAUGUCCCCAAAGUGCAGAUGAAAUUCAGCAUCAUCAACAUGUGCCCUAUCGAGGGCGAGGCAAACGUGGCACGCUUUCUCUUCCGGCUGCUGGCUCCAUACCCCAGCGACCCGGCCCUCGCCACACUGGUGGAUAACUGGGUGGAUACGGCUUUCUACCAGCUGGCUGAGGGCAGCCCCAAGGAGCAGGCUGCUGUGCUCCGCACCCUCAACUCUGCUUUGGGGCACGGCCCCUGGCUGGCCGGGUCGGAGUUCUCCCUGGCUGACAUGGCGUGUUACUGCUGCGUGCUGCAGAGCGGGUCAGCCUCCUCUGCACCCGCUAAUGUCCAGCGGUGGCUCAAGUCUUGCAAGAACCUGGGCCACUUCUGCUGUGUUGGCCCAUUGGUGUAGUGACGACGGCUGUUCUCUAGCUGGACAACCAUCAAGAUGGAUGCGUUUACUAGAGUACUGGAAAAUUUGGGUAUGUCUAGGACUACCUCGAAUAUUUCCCUUGUUAAUGUAAAACAUGCUGACAGACUGCAGGAGGAAUAUGGGGGAUGGUUAAAGUAACUUCAGCUUCUGUCACGCUGCUCUGAUAAAACAAAAUGCUGGGUUUGUGUGUGUGUAUGUGAAGAAUGUGGACUGGUCAGAUGGAGCUUGGUGAUUAAAUAACAGAUGCAGUUAGUACUACAGCCACACACACUACACCUUCCACCCAGUUUGUGCCUAAAAUAAUCCUCUGUGUGUGUUCUCUGUGAAUGGUUGCAGGUGUGACUUUAGUGUUUUUCAGAAGUAAUAAUUUCUACUAUUGCUUUUGUGAAACCAUUAAAAUUUCCACUUUGGAUC